UUCGCAUGCAAAGAGAACACUGUGAACGGACAAACACACCUUUUCUUUUCGUCGUAAAUUUCUGUACCCCCACUUAAAUUGUCUUCUCCUCCCACCACUGUGUCCCCGCGCCUCUCGCAUUGGUCACCCGCCGGGCGGAAGGCUCCGAGGUUAUAUAUUCGAUUCCAUAUCCGAUAUCUGUCUCUCGCUCGCUUUUGAACAGAUCCUUUUGCGGCUUCCUUUCCCCACAUAAUAAGGGGAAAAUGAGGUGGGAGAGGCUUCAGCAGCAGCAGCCCGCCCAGUACCAUUCUGGCGGGGGAGUAAUUCCGCAGCUCGGAUUGAAUGUCCCCGGGAAACGGUGGGGCCACACCUGCAAUUCCAUCAGAGGUGGGAGGUUUCUCUACCUUUUCGGUGGCUAUGGCAAGGAGAAUUGCCACACCAACCAAGUUCAUGUGUUCGAUACUGCUACUCAAAGUUGGAGUCGGCCUGCAGUAAAGGGUACACCACCGAUUCCGAGGGACAGCCAUACUUGCACAACUGUUGGAGAUAAUUUAUAUGUAUUUGGCGGUACUGAUGGGAUGAAUCCACUCAGGGAUUUGCAUAUAUUAGACACUUCAACACACACAUGGAUAUCUCCUACUACAAGAGGCGAUGGACCAGAGGCUCGGGAAGGGCAUAGUGCUGCUCUUGUUGGUAAACGCAUCUUCAUAUUCGGUGGUUGUGGACAGUCUUCAGAAACUAAUAAUGAAGUAUAUUAUGAUGAUCUGUACAUUUUGAAUACAGAGACGUUUAUGUGGAAGCGUGCAACAACUUCAGGCUCCCCACCUUCUGCCCGAGACAGUCAUACUUGCUCAUCAUGGAGAAACUAUGUCAUCGUCAUUGGUGGUGAAGAUGGGCAUGAUUACUAUUUAUCUGAUGUGCACAUGUUGGAUACAGAAACCCUUGUCUGGAAGGAGCUGAGUACUGCAGGUCAGAAGCUGCCACCUCGAGCGGGACAUUCCACCAUUGCUUUUGGCAAGAACCUGUUUGUUUUUGGGGGAUUUGCAGAUUCUCAAAAUCUAUACGAUGACACAUACAUGCUCGAUCUUGAGUCUGGCAUGUGGACAAAGGUAAUGGCUAUAGGUGAUGGACCUUGUGCAAGAUUUUCUGCAGCUGGUGACAGUUUGGAUCCUAUGAAGGGUGGUAUGCUUGUGCUGAUUGGCGGUUGCAAUAAGCAUCUUGAGGCACUGGAUGACAUGUUUUACUUACAUACAGUCAUAGGACUGACAAACAUGCAAGAUGAGCGGCAAGUAGAAAAGUUAUCCUUGCGGAAGCAACUGAAACUAAAAUGCCAUGAACAAAGUCUCAAUCCAGAUAGAUCUCUGGUCGGAGUUGAUCCAACAGCUAGUUUCCACCGUAGCAUACCAACUUAUGAUGUGCAUGGUAGUACCACUUCUCCUUCCAUGGGGACUGUCCAAUUCAACAUUCAUCAGGGAAAGAAAACUUUCCAAGCCAAAGUGACCGAAACCUUCCCACAUGGAUAUACUAUUGAAACCAUUAUAGAUGGUAAACCUUUGCGGGGGAUCCUAUUUUCCAACAAACAACCAUCUCAUGCAGGUUACCAUUACGAUAGCAGUAGGAAGAGAUCAGCGGAUGAAAGUGGUGGCGUGGAGUUGAAUGGCUCUCAUGUCAGUAAAUCAAAGGCAUCUAGAACCACUAGCCAGGAUGCAAUUGAUCGGUUUGAAGCUGAUGGUACUCACAAGGAGGCCACAUUGCAAGAUCCUGGGGCGGAAGCUACAGCCACUGCUAGUGAGAAAAGUCUAGCUUCUUCAGAUGUCGCUCAAUGCCAAGAGAGUAGUGAAAACCUAGAACCAGCAGUCACUCGGAAUUUGAAUGCUGAUAUGAUGAGUGAUACACCGAACUCCGCUGUUGAUAUUCCAAAAGAGACUUCUGCUACUACUACUCCAGCUGCCUUUUCCUUAAACCAAGGAUCGGAUAAAGAUUCAACUGUUUUCUAACUACAUCGGGUACGGACCACUUGGAACUGUAAAUUGGCAACUUCAGGGUGGGGAUAGAGAGAGAUUCGACCGUAUGACUGGGGAGUGCCUGGCUGCUGGGAUAUGCUACGCCUGACUGCUUCCUUCACUAAUCUGUUCCUUCUUUUCAGUCUCUGCCCUUUGCUCCUAAUGCAGAAUUUGUAUGUGAUUGAGGUUAUUAGAUUGGAAACUUUUCAGUUGGGAUUGACUAUCAAUAGGUGGCCGAGUCUGCCGGCCAAACCCCUUUAUCUUGUUCGGAUUAGUUAGUAGGUGAUGUAGGAAGAGAGAAGCUGCUGAGUUUUAAGGCAGAGAGUUUAAAGUAAAUCAGGUGAAGUAUGUGAAUCAAGCCGGGAAAUAAGCCGAACCGUUUCUAUUGUCGUCAAACAAACGUUCUCCGUCCUCCUUGUCCGCUGCAGUCGCCGGCCGUUCCAAGCUGCCGUCGCCUAAUUCCCUUCUCCCAGGCCCCAGCCGUUCCACUUCUCUCCAUAAAUCGAUCGACG